UCAUCAAAUCUUUUUUAAAAUCAUAUAGAAUUAAAUUAACUAUUUGAUGCUGAUAAAUUGUAGUUGUGUCUGUAUUUUCCGCAAGUGUAUUUUUUGUGAAAACUCAUCAGUUUUGAGGAAGAGGGGGUAGAAAAAAAAAAAGUAUAAAAUCUUUAGAUUCUAAAUACGCAUGCACACAAUCUACUUUCUCGCCAUUGGUCCCCUACUAUUUUACCUCGACGAGUCAGGUUUGCUAAAAUGAAAUUCGCUUCAGCUUUACCCCCAUUUCGAGCCAUAGAUUUUUAGUUCCAUCUGUUAGGAAGCUGAUGAAAAUUAAAACCUAAAUCCUAAAGAACUUAUACAUCCAAAGGUUUGGUUGUGUGUAUAAGCCGCUGGCAUGCGCAUGCUGAGAACAUUUGUCAUGUGUCAGAUGGUCAGAUGUAACUGUAAUUCGUAUCCUACUCCUACAGGAACCCAUAUCAAGUCUCAUACUCUUACCCAUACCAUUCCAUACCAUACCAUACCAUAGUCUGUCAAGUCUUACUAAUACUAUUCCAAUACCGUAACAACAUUUGUGUACAGUGCAGUUUGCUAAUACAAUGAAAGACAUUUAAACCAGCAGCUACGACAGGGACAGGGACAGGGACAGGGGGAAGUGAAACAGGCAGGCAACCAGGCAGGCACCAGCACCAGCAGCAUAAGCAGCAGCAACAGACAUAGAAAAUUAAAGACACGAAUAGAAGUGGGGACGAAGUAAAGCUCUUUCUCCGGCACGCUCGCGAUGUUUCAUCACGCUUCGCGCAUGUCGCUGGCCGCGUUCUCUGAGAAUACAACACAAUACUGAGACAACAUACCAACGCUGAACAGAUUUCUGAAACUCUGACCGCGGUCAUAUCAUAUCACGUUUGUUUCAUCUGUCCAUUCCUGUGAAUUUCAUUAUCACGCCGCCAUAUUACCUGACAAGUACCGGGCAAAGACAAACGUAACUGAAGGACGAUUGGCAAACUAAAAUGGCUUGAUAUACAUAUAUAUUAAGAAUAUAAUAAAUAAAUAAGAAUAUAUAUCUAUAUAUGCAACACUAACUAAAGAACGAUUACGUAUACGAUAAUAAAUUGUUUAUGAUUGUCAUCAUUACUGUUGACAAUGAAUGGUGGAAAUGAACAGUCCAUUGGAACCAGAUUUUGAUGGAUUUGAUUUCCCGGAAAAAAAUAAUAGAAUUGAUACUAGUGAAGAAAACGAAACAGGAUUACCAAUAUUAGAGGAGCAAUUGAAUAUUGUAAAAUCUCUAGAGUGUGUUUCGGAAGAAUUGCCACAGUGUGAAGUUUGUUCACAACAAUUUUUAACUAAAAAAGAAUUACGCUCUCACAUAACUCUACACCUUGGACAACCUAGAAUAGUUUUAAAAAGGUGCAGCAAUUUGCAUUUAGUUAAAAAAAAAGAAAAAGACAAAUAUUGUCUAUCUCAAGAGAAAAAGGGAUCACUUAAAUUAACCCUGAAGAAACAAAAUCACCGCGAUUUUGCAGUAAUAAGUCGGGAUUUGGAUUUCGAUAGCGAUAAUUCACACUCUGAAGAGGUGGCAGGUGAAGAACAAAAACCCCAUCGGCACGAGGAGGAGCAGGAGGAGCAUGAAGAUACACUGGAUGAUGAUAAUGAAGAGCAAACCGAUCAAGUACCACAUGAAUUUGAAAAUGUGAUUGUUAAUGAAGACGAUAAUUAUCAGGAUGAUAAUUAUGAUAAUAAUGAAGAGGAUAAUUUUCUUGAAGAUAAUGAAGAAAGACCAUCUGUGGAGACAAAUGAAGGUGAUUCUGGGGUAGGAAGUGAUAUGGCAAAUACUUGUGAAAAAGAUGACCAAAAUGUUGAUAAUGAUGAUUUGCAUAACGUUGAUAAUUAUCACCAUGAAGAUGAUGACAGAAAUAAUGUAGAAGAAAGUGAAGAUACUGAAGAACCAGAUCCUAUUGACGCAACUUACAGAGAAACUAUUGAAAAUUUAAAAAAAAUUGGUGAACAGACUAGUACAAUAAGAGAAGAUAUGUCACCGAGAGACGAAGAUGACAGUCCCGAUGAAUCAUCAUCAGACGUCAUCAGUUCCCGUAUCAAUGAUAAUGAUGCCUUAAAACUAUUGUCAAAUAAUUCAGCAAUAGAACUUUACCCAGCGAAAAAAAGCUCCGAAAAAUCGAGUAAGAAUAAUAAUAACGACGGAUCACGAUUGAAUUCGAGUAUCAAUUGGAGUCAAAUUGAAAAUUUAAAUUCUUCUAAAGAUGACGAUAAUACUGACGAUAAUGUAAAUAAAGACAAUGAUCAAACGGGCAAAGAUAAUACGGAUAACAGCACAGAAGCUGGUCUGCUGUUGCAAAAUUUACUGACAGAACAUAAUCACAGAAAAAAUAGUGAAGAAAGAUCUUCGCAUACGUCGUCUUCUCACAAUUCAUCUGUUGAUACAGAGUAUGUGUCGCUUGAAAGAUUGGCUGAGACAGUCAGUAAAUGUCGUGUGUGCGGGGAAAAGUUUAGUGACAUAACAAUGUUGGAUGAUCAUAGAUUGAAAGCUGGUCAUUAUCAAUGCAAUGUGCCAGGCUGUUCAUCACUAGUAUUUUCAACGUCUGUUGAAUUGUCGUUGCACAAAUCACAGUCACAUGAAGUACAUAAUAAUCCUUUAUCACCAAAUAUAAGUAUUAUUCCGUCACAAGUUAGCCAAUUGUCACCGAGAAUAACUGAUGGUGCACCUAAUUUGGGACAUAAUUCACCAAAUUUAAUAAAUCAUCGCUCCCCGCACAAUAUUUCCCCUCACACAAACUCACCUCAUAAUUUGUCCCCACAUCCUAUGAGUUUAGAUCCAUUGAAUCCUCUUCAAAUAAAUCGUACGUCGCCUUUGACUUCUUCCCAUCAAACUCAUUCGCCCUCAUAUUCCUCUCAGCAACACCAUCACCAUCAUCAGCAGCAAGAUCAUCAUCAUCACCAGCAACAGCAGCAGCAGCAGCUUCAACAUCAGCAGCAACAAAUAAUACCGCCAAUAAAUUUUGAUCAAUUACCGCCACCAGUACAACAAUUAGCCCAACAAGUUCAGCGAAUGGCGUUACCUCAGCCCCAAAUGCCGCCAUCAUUACCACCGGGUGCCAAUACAAUGAUACCUGGACCAAAUUAUUUUGUACAACCGGCGGGGAGACCACCGAUGUAUCAUCGCAUGCCUAGUAGUCAUCAGCCCGGACCACCGAUGCAUCAGUACCCUCCUCAACUGGCCCAUUUGUAUGGUUCACAAUAUGGUCCGGCUUAUUCACAGUAUCCAGGACCCUCGCAAAUGCACCCACAGUUGCAGCAACAGCUGCAACAACAAAUGCCGAGGGGGCGAUAUCCUCCUACGAUGAUGCCGAAUCCUCGAGGUCCGAGACCGCCUCCAGUGCAGACUCAGGUUCCCCGGCAGAGACUUAAAAGGCCGCUUCCUCCUCAAGGUCCACCGCAACAGGUACAGCAGCAGCAACAGCAGCAACAACAGCAGCAGCAGCAACGGGCUUCAGAAGCCAGUAGUAGCAAGCAAAGAAGAAUGGAUUUAUUGAUACCCGAUAGGAAUGAAGAUGCUGACUGUCAUGUCAUUGCGCAGCAAAAGAGAAAUGAUGGAGUACCUAUUAUACAAAAUGUCCAAGGAGCCACUCAAUCAGGUCAAUCGGGUGGUAGAAAUGACUCUACUAUUCAUUUAACUGACUCCAUUACUCUCAGUGUUCGUCAACCUGGUUCCACUCCAGCUCAAGUGCAGAGUCCAGGGACAGCACCACCGAAAAAACCUGAUGCUAAGGCAGUAGCCAAUGUCUUAGCAGCGCGAGGGAUUACGGUAACACCAACGGCUAAUAAAAACAAAUCUGGAGAGCAGCAGAAACAACAGCCACCGGCACAACAACAACAACAACAACAACAACAACAGCCGCCCCAACAACGUGCCGCAGCGCCAACUUCCCCUUCGGUUACUGCUUUAAAUUUAAAUUCUGCUAUUUCUAUUAUUCCUACGAGUUCUCAGAGGAAACAGCAGCAGCAGCAACAGCAGCAACAACAACAGGACCAACAAUUCGCUGUGCCGCAAAAUAAACAAAGUAAACAAACGACGCAGGAUAUUGAGAGACCACCUAGACCACCUACGAUUGAUCUUACCCAGGAAUCAAGUUCAUUAUUGCCGCCUGCACGAAGAGGAAGACCGACUAGAGCUGCGUUGACCUGCCAAAUAUGCGAUAAAAGUUUUCAAAGUCAAGAAGUUUUAAUUCAACAUAUGGCAUCUCAUCGCACGACAAAUAAAUUAGAUUAUAAGUGUAAUCUCUGCUCAGCAGCGUACCCGACCUCGCAAGGUUUAGUUUUACAUAAACAGAGUUAUCAUAAGGAAUUGGAUAGUGCUUUACCAAAUGGUGGUACAGAAUUGGCUAUUCCAGUGGUCGAUUUGAAAUCACCACAAACUCUAUCACGAUUGAGUAGUUUAGGCAUACAAAGUUAUAUACCACUAUCACAAUUAAGUGCACAAACUGGUGGUUAUUUUGCAUUACCAAUUGUUACUAUCGACAGUCCACGUAAUCCAAAUUCAUGUAAUUUAGGUGCACUUGGUGCUACAUCGAUACUAAGCUUAGGGCCUUUAAAACACCUGUCUAACAGGUAACUAUAAUCAUUUUAAAUAGACAAAAAAUAUAUUUAUAUAUUUAUCAUAAUUUUAAGUGACACAUUUAUUGUUGACUAAUUUUUUUUUUCUCAUUUGAAAAAAACCCAUGACAUUCUCUUUGAUUUUUAUUAGUCUACAAGUUGGAAUAUGAUAAAAAAAAUGAUAAUGAUAACAAUAAAAAAUUAAUAGAUAUUGAUAACUGAUGAAUAAAUUAUUUGAGGCUUAAUUAUUUGUCU